AUGUCACCAGCUAAAUCAAUCACUGUCAUAAGCUCCCCCUAUCAUGUUGGAGCAUACGCUCAGGCGGUUGGAAACGGCCCGCUCGCUCUACUCAACGGUGGACUGAUGGACAAGAUACGAAAUGAAGGCGUCAACGUCCACGAGGUCACACUGCCACGCGUCGACAGCUUUGAGGGGGAAAUCGGCAAAAGCUUUCAGCUUCUCCGUCUAACCUCCAAGGCUGUCACACAAGCCGUCGAUACCAAUUCUUUCCCCAUUGUGCUUGCAGGCAAUUGCAGCUCGGCCGUUGGAGUCUCUGCUGGCCUUUCCGCUGCUUCUAAGAAGGGCCACGGAUGCGUGUGGUUCGACGCUCAUGAUGACUUCAACACGCCCGAUGCACUUUCCAGUGGCUAUUUCGAUUCCAUGCCCGUCGCCAUGCUGGCCGAUUUGUGCUGGAAAACGUUGCUGAAGAGCGUCCCGGGCUUUACACCGAUGGAUCUGGUUAAGAACUUUGUUCAUUGCGGGAUGAGGGAUGUAACCGAGCUGGAGAGAUCGCGGGUGAUGGAAGCUGGAUUUACAGUCAUCUGGGGUGACGCAGAGACUAAGGUGGACUUUCAAAGCGAGCUUCGAUCAGUCAUGAUGGAGAAGAACUUGGCGUCCUCAAUGAUUCAUCUGGACCUGGACAGUCUGGAUCUAUCUGUCGGGCGGGUGAAUAAAUUCUCUGCCCCAGGUGGGCUUCUAGAGAAAGAUCUCGUGGGGUGCCUGACGGAUAUGCCUAACUGGACUCAGCCACUGUCCUUGACUGUUGCCUCGUAUGAUCCAUCCUUUGAUAGUGAGGGCAGUAUCACACCAGUAGCCAUUCGCUCUGUCGUCUCGUUUCUCAAAGCGAUGAUUCAAGCAGGCUACAUUGCGACAUCAAAAUAG